AUGCAAUAUUCGGCAUCCCUGGUUGUGGCCGCUGUUUCCGCUGCACCAACACAGUCGGCCACGCAGCCGAUUCUGUUCGCCGCUACUUGGACAAACGAAACCACGAACGGUAUAAAUACGUUCAAGCUGAAUACUGCCGACGGGUCCCUAACGCCGUACGGAAUCACCCCUCUUAGCUUCGCAGCUAAGGGCCUCAACCCGACAUACGUCCAGGGCUCGACGAAGAAGUUCUCGAAAGGUGAGCGUGUCAUCUACGCCCUCAACCGCGCAUCUUCCUCUGGCUACUUGUCGGCGAUGACUCUGCAAUCGAACGGCACUCUGAAGGUCAUCAACUCGCAGGAGAUGAAGGGUGCGUCUCCUGCCCACAUCGCUCUUAGCCCCAAAGAGGAUUUCGUUUCAGUUGCCAACUACGCCGGCAGCAUCUCUCUGUUCCCACUUAACGCUGAUGGCUCUGUCGGUGCUGAGUCGUUUUACCAGAACUUCCCCGUUGGCAGCAAGGUCGUGAUGGACACCCAAGCUACAGGCCACAUCCACAGUACCACGUGGUUGCCGAACUCGAACCACGUUGUUGCCGCCAACCUCGGCGGUGACGAGCUUCUUCAGUACGAGCUGGACGCGACCAAGAAGACGCUGAAGAGUCUGGCGACUGUGAAGCGCCCGGCUGGAUCCGGACCUCGCCACAUGGCUAUCGGUGCGAAGGGAGAUAUCGCCUACGUCACCGACGAGCUGUCCAGCACCGUCGGAGUGUACACGAUCGACAAGAAGGCGGCACUCUUAUCAAGCUCCGCUAUCCAGAACGUCACGACAUUGCCAGCUGGAUUCACCAACACUAGCACGGCUUCCGACAUUCACCUUUCGAGCAACGGAAACUUUGUGUACGUGUCGAAUCGCGGCCACAACUCGAUCGUCACGUACAAGAUCAACGCCGACGGCACUUUGAAGGCUCUUAAUUGGGAGAGCUCCCGUGGUGUGACGCCUCGUGGCUUUGUGAUUUACCAAGACUGGUUGAUUGUGGCGAACCAAAUAUCGGACGACAUGUACGUGUUUAAGGUGAAUGGUGAGACCGGAGCCUUGACGUACACUGGCAACUCGUACAAGAUUGAUGGAGCUGUCAGUCUCUACGUCGCGGAGUACUAA